CGUGUAAAUGAGUUGUUCGGAGGAAUUGAAACCGGUUUAUUUUGAGAGUAACGAGUAUUGUUUAAAACGGAAAGCUCUCCCCUACGUUAACACAACUUUUGCGGGCAUGUUGGUACAAUGAUGGCCAUGCCGCCGUCGGCUUCCUUCCGGCUGCUGCCAGUGAACGAGUCCCACUUUGUAUUUACACCAUAUUGUGAAGUUUUUUGAAAUUUGUGCCGAAAAUGCCGGAGGAAGGGUCGAACGAUGAAGUGGCCCACUUCAGGGCUCCUGAAAUUCAACACAAUUCUACAGGAUGGGGCCCCUGUGAUAUGCCAGACCAAUUUAAGGAUAUGCCGUACCAGCCUUUCUCCAAGGCAGACCGUCUAGGCAAGAUUUCUGAUUGGACUGGUGCAGCAUUUCAGGACAAGAAAUAUACUAGUAAAUAUCAAUCUCAGUUUGGUUCUGGUAGCCAGUAUGCAUACUACCAUGAUGAAGAUGAAAGUACUUUCCAUUUGGUGGAUACUGCAAGGGUACAAAAGCCCCCAUAUCAAAGAGGUCGGUUCUUGCGUAACCAGCGCAACAUGCGCGGCCGCGGUGGCGGUAGAGGUGCUCAGAAUCAGUUCCAGCAGCUUGGCAAGGGCUUAAAGUCCAGAGAAAGGGAACGUAAGGGUCAGGUCAGGAAGUGGAAUAAGAAUCAGGGCAUGCGUAAUAACAAGAAUCAACCCCCAAUCAAGAAUCGGGAUGCUUCUGUCACUGUCAGACCUGACUGGGUCACCAUUGAGGAGAUGGACUUCCCCAGGCUUGCUAAAUUGUCUCUUCCUAAUGUCAAGGAUGCUGAUGAUGUACUUUGCUGUGGCUCACUGGAGUAUUAUGAUAAGACAUAUGACCGUGUCAAUGUGAAGAAUGAGAAGCCUCUUCAGCGAAUUGAUCGUGUGUUUCACACUGUCACUACUACUGAUGACCCUGUUGUCCGUAAAUUAUCAAAGACAGAGGGCAAUGUUUAUGCUACGGAUGCUAUUCUUGCCACUCUCAUGUGCUGUACUCGCUCCAACUAUUCUUGGGACAUAGUAAUUGAUAAAAUUGGUGACAAACUUUUCUUUGACAAGAGAGAUAAUACUGAGUUUGAUUUGCUAACUGUGAAUGAGACAUCUGUUGAACCUCCUCAAGAUGAUGGAAACAGCCUAAACUCUCCUCGCAAUCUUGCUCUGGAAGCAACUUUCAUUAACCACAAUUUCUCUCAGCAAGUUCUGAAGACGAAUGAAGCACGCUUCAAAUUCAGCGAAGCUAAUCCCUUUAUCACGGAUGAGGAAGGAGAAGUUGCCUCUGUGGCCUACCGGUACAGAAAGUGGGACCUUGGUGGUGGAGUUGUUUUGGUCUGUCGAUGUGAACAUGAUGCUGUUAUGACAGGACCCAAUGGUGAAACACAAUUCUUCACUAUCAAGGCUCUAAAUGAAUGGGACUCCAAGCUUUCUGGCGGAGUAGAAUGGAGGCAGAAACUGGACACCCAGCGAGGUGCUGUCCUUGCUAAUGAAUUGAGGAACAAUGCUUGUAAGCUGGCUAAGUGGACUGUACAAGCACUGCUUGCCGGAUCUGAUCAGAUCAAGUUUGGUUAUGUUUCUCGUGCCCAUGUGCGGGACUCUUCUAAGCACGUCAUUUUGGGAACACAACAAUACAAACCUAAUGAAUUUGCUGCCCAGAUUAAUCUGAAUAUGGACAAUGCUUGGGGUAUUCUUCGUUGUAUUGUUGAUCUUGUUAUGAAGCAGAAGGAUGGAAAGUUCCUGAUCAUGAAAGAUCCGAACAAGCCCAUGAUUCGUUUGUAUGACAUCCCGGACAACACUUUCGACUCGGAAACUGAGGAUGCCGAUGAUGAUGAUGAACCUGCUGUUGAAACAUUCCAGCCACCUUACAAUUAUGCAAACAACCAGAGAGUGUAAAAUGGAGCAGCUAGAACUUCACUAGUGUGUAAGACAUCAAAUAGUAACAUCAAUUGUGGUUGAAUGAGGAAUCAUAAAAUGUCAUCAGGCAGACAAGAAAAGCUGUUGAAAGGUGUUGUGGUCAUAUACUGUAUUGUUUCAGUACUCUUCUAAUAAAUCAUAUUCAGCUUCCCUGUU